GGUUCGGUCUUGGCGGGAGCGGCUGCGUGGCACUCGGCGCUCGAAGACCGGCGCGUCGCCUCGUUACGUGCACCAGCCGCCGGCAAACUUAGGAGACGUUCAGCGUGCGAAAUUUUUGGAAGUAUGUCGCGCGACCGAGGCGACAGUCUGUUCUGCUGCGAAACGGGAGUGCUUGAGACGGAACCGGUCUGCAAGGCCAUUCGUGACCCGGCCCUGAUUAACGACCGCCGGGUUCUAGCCAACUUGCUGGACGCAGAAAAUAGCUUCUUGCCGUCCAUCUCGUAUUUUAAAUGCGUCCAGAAAGAAAUCAAGCCACCUAUGCGACGGAUUCUAGCAUACUGGAUGGUAGAGGUAUGCGAAGAGCAACACUGCCAAAGUGAAGUGCUCCCACUGUCCAUGAACUUGCUGGACAGAUUUCUCAGUGUAACAAGCGUGAAAAAGGACCACUUGCAGCUUGUGGGGGCGGUAUGCCUAUUCAUUAGUUCGAAACUGCGGGAAACUUGUCCGUUGACCGUGGAAUUCCUGGUCCAGUGCGCUGACAACAGUAUCGCAGCCCGGAAUAUAACCGACUGGGAGCUGUUGGUGCUCCACCGGCUGCGGUGGGAGAUCAACGCUGUGACGUCACACGAUUUCCUGGACCCGCUGCUCCAUCGGCUGUCUCUCGAGCGGUACCUGCCGCCCUCCAGAAUACCUGACGUGCGGAGACAGGCACAGACCUUCAUCGUCAUGUGCAGCACAGAGUUCAAGUUUGUCAUCUACUCUGCCAGUAUGGUGGCAGCGGCGAGCCUGGCGGCGGCCGUGCAGGGCCUGCUGCCGGCUCGGCGGGAGGCCGCCAUGAGCGACAUCUUCAGUCAGCUGCACCGCAUCACCGCCGUCGAAACGGACCUGCUGCGGAGUUGCCUGGACCAGAUCGAAGAGACGAUCCGGGAGUUUGCAGAAGAGCAGGCCAACCGGGGCUCGAUUGGCGCGACAUCUAGUGACCAGACUUUGAAGCACAGUCAGGUUGAAACGCCGACAGAUGUGCUAGAAGUGCACUUUUAAGCGCCGUCGAACUGCGCGCGGUGGGGGAGGGGCGUCGACGACCCCUCUCCGCCCAACGGAUUCGUCGAUUAGUCAUGUGCUGUAAAUCGGUGUACAUAUGCUCUCCCGCGUGAAUGUAUGCAGUGCUGGCGUGUGAAGACUGUACUGUGAGACGUAGACUCGUGGCAGGGGUGCGGAAAUCAGGUCACCAGUACGCAUUUCCAGUACAAACGCCACAAACCCGACACGAUCCGACGCAUCCGACCUCACAGUUCUGCGACGCUGGCGAGGGAACCGCGUCGUCGUCGCAGUGCCCCGCUCAGAGGGUGCCCGGCUCAGGAAAGUACGGUACCAAACUUACGUCACUGCCACACGAAGCCGGAGGCCUGGUCACGGAGCCGGACCAGCUAUCCGCGACGGCCUGCUGGAGACGGUCGCUGCGGGAGCCCGCAUCGCCUUCACACCGCCGGAGGAGCGCCGCCACGCCGUGUCUGGCCCCGCCGGACGCUCUCCGCUGACCCGACAUGCGGCUUCCAGCUGGGUCCGGGACCGCCCGCCCGGCUGGAUCUGCGGCGGCCCGCCCGGCUGGGUCCGGAACGGCCCGCCCGGCUGGAUCC